AUGCUUCGAGGCGGGCCGCUGCCUGCAGCCGCGGCUGUAUGCGUGGCAUCACCCUCGGAGAGUAGUCCAUUAGAAGCGGCUCUUGAGCAGCUGCCGGAUCUGCAAGACAGUGGGGAAGGCGCCUCUGGGAUUCCCGUGUUGUCGGGGGCCCCUACAGCGAAUUUUUCUCCCCCCUGCGGUCGGCUGUUCAGGGUAUUUUUUCCAGUGUCGCUCCUCAAGGCUUCCAGAGGAUGGAUCAUUGGCUGGGGGCUGACGGAUGGAACUGCGGUGGCUUGUGCAGUGCUCCCAGAGAUGCCGCCGCCUCUCGUGGCAUUCUUUCUGAAGCAGCUCAACGAACGCCUAGUCAGGCCGCAUAUCUCGAGCAACAGCAGCACGACCACUACCAGCGGCAACAGCGAUGACGGCAGCAGCCCCUCUUGCAGCAGCAAAAACCCCGAAAAGGGCGAUAGGGAUGUCCAGACGUUUGAUUACAGCGUGCUGCCGCAGCACGUCGAGCUUAUUGGUUGGUGCCGCGGGGCAGACUGCGACGCGAGCUGCCCUUACGAGGAAGCUGCAGUGCUAAAGCAGGUUCUGCACUUCAUUGAGAAGCAGCAGAAGCAGCAGAAAGGCUGCUUCUUGGAGCAGCGAAGGGGUGUUUGGCUGGACGUCUGGCUCGAUGAGUCAACAGGCCUCCCCGUGCCGCUUCGCGUCCUUUCGCAGGUUGAUGCGGAGUCUAUCGUAGGCACAGGCGUUCCUUCUCCAGCAUCCGACAUACGGCUUCGUUCGUCUCCAACAGAAGCCGAUGCAGCAGCGGGAAAGGGAUCCUCUCCUCCAACAGCAGCCCAAACGGCGAGCGCAACUGCAACGGCAGCGAGGCUCGCCUCUGGAGGUGGCAAGCCUCCCUCCCGAUGCGGCGUUUUUCUUUAUGACAUGCCGUCAUGGGUAACCUGCGGAACGCUUGCUGCUGCUCCCCACGAUGCAGCACAGGCUUCAGCUGCUGCCGCCUUCGUCCAAAAGCCAACAGCAGCGCGGGCGCUCCUGCGUCAGACUGCACAGGGCGUUGGAGCUCUCACCGAGGAGCAGAUGCAGAAGAUGCCCAGUGGCGAGAGCGUUUGCGGCUUUGAGGCGGCACUUUCGCUCAUGAAUGUUUCUGCGGCUGUGCAUUACAGCACGGAUCAGCAGCUGCAGUGCUGGAGGGAGUUACAGCUGGAGCAGCAGGCAGCCAGAGCAGCGCCACCAGGUGCUCCCAGAGUUACGGACAGUAGCAGAGGUGUGGGAGUCUCUAGCAGGAGCAAGAGCAGUGGGCUGUAUCAGCGGGCACAGCAAUUCGUGUGUGGCUUACCCCUCUGGAGGCCGUUCGCUGUUGGGAACAGCAUAUGGCGGCUUGCCGCGUCAGUGCAGCAGACGGUGCUGCGCCUGCAGAUGCUGGCAACAUGGCCAGCGUCUCUUCGCCGCAUGCGCCGAUUUGGCGCUGCCCUGCGGUGUACUGGACAUAAGGAGCGGCUGCAGCAACGGCAGCAGGUUGCUGCAGCUGCAGCGGCUGGCGAGCUGCAGCUGGCAACAGAAGGCGUCCCCCCGCUGGUGCCCGUGCAGCCUCCCCUUCGCCGCAAGUAUCUGCCUAGGGAGUUGUCGGUGUCUGCUCUGUGGCUGUACGGGGGUGUCUUUGUCGUCUUGAUGGAUUUGCUCCUUGGCCUCUUUCUUCCGCAGCUCCUUGCAGUGCUCGCCUAUAGCGUCUUUCCCACGGACGCCUGCUCCCCCUUCUCUCCUGCCCUCCCGAGAGCACCCCAUUUCCAGCAGACGGAUCACUCCCCUUUGUUCCCCGUGUCUCUCGGGUAUGCUGCAGCGCCUGUGCUGUACCCGGAGCCGCUGUUGACGCCGCAUAGCGAAGAGGAGUUGCCUGCAGAGGAGACGCAGCGUGACCCCCUCCAGCCGCCGUCUCCUGCUGCCCCCCCCGUCAGCUACCACACGACGGGAAAGCUUCCCGAGAUAGCAAUUAGCCUCCAAGCGCGCGACUCCGAGACAACUCGCAAGAACCGUCGGGAGAGACUGGGGUGUCCUCACGCCUCGGCAGCAACAGGCAGCGCCACAGAGGGAGAAGGAGACGUGGAGGUGUCUUCGAGGCUUCCCUCCUCCUUCCGUGAGCUCAUGCUGCAGCCCACAUCGUCAGUGUUGGUAAACCUUUUCAGCACCUGCUACUGCUUCCUGCACUUGCACUUGCUGACGGCUCAUGUCCACUGGCUCAUGGAUUUCCCAGCAGGACUCAAACUGAACACAAAUCUCACGCGAGUCUUAGGCUCGGUGAUCCUGACGGCUAUCAAUAUAUGGAAUGACGCCACAUCGUAUCUGCACUCUGCCAUUCGCACUGCAGAGCAGCUCAAGUGGGGCUUUUUCGAGAAGCAGGAGACAGCCAGCGAAUGCGCGGAUCAACGCGGCGUUCUGAGUGGACUCAUGAUUCUCGAGUCUUUGAAACGCGCAGCAGUAAACGGCCUUAGCGCCCUCCACAAGCUGCUUAGAAGAAAUCCAGACACAGCACAGGCCCUCAAUUCAGAGGCCCCUUCGACCACCAUGACUCCUGCUCAAGGCACUGCGGAGCGUCUCGCCGUCUCCGCCACCCCUACGGCAAACAGCAGCAUCGCCAACAGCAACAGUCACAGCCACUCGGAUACAGCCAGCUUCGAAGAUCCUGCCAGCUAUGCGCAGAGGGCUUGGGGGGUUUGCCGCUUGUGGCUCAAGGCUGGCUUGGGAACUCUCCUCACAACAUUCCGCUUGGGGUGGCUGGGCCUCUCCGCCUCCAUGUUUGCUGCAGCCUCCGCGGAUUUGCUCAUGCUUGUCACGCUACACAUAUUCUACGUCUACCUCGUAUGCGCCAGGCUCUUCCACGUCAACCUCAAGAGCCUGCACUCGCUCUUCCUCUUAUUCAGGGGCCAGAAGUGGAAUGUGCUGCGGCGGCGCGUGGAUUCCGCGAAUUUGCAAGUCGAUCAGCUCUUGAUUGGUUGUAUUUUAUUUACGAUAGCCGUGUGUUUGUUUCCAACGACUUUGUUGUUCUACAUCUCGUAUCUCCUUAUAUGGUUGCUCAUCUUCAGCACCCAGUCUCUCCUCCGCCUGGCCUUGCUGCUUUUCAUGUCUUUCCCCAGCUGCCUCAUACUCUUCAGGGCGGUAGCUCCUCACCUGCUCUCCGCAGGCGUAUCGAUCGAGCCUCUCACGAGGCUGCCCCCGGAAACGCCACUGCGUCGCACAAGCACCAGCCGCCUGCACAGCUUUUUUUGCAGCCUAGCAGCAGCACACAGAGGAAGCGAAGUCACGCCAGCAGCCACUGCAGGAGCAGGGGGACCAACAGCAGCGAGCAGGAGCAAUCACAUAUACUUCAUGGUACGGGCUCGUCCCAUAUCCUACGGAGAGAUCAUAUGGCCUUCAAUCUCGGCUGCAGCCAAGGCUACUCUGGCACCUUUGAGGCCCUCUGCCCUUUUCCCCAAGAUCAUUAAUGGGGAUAUUGUCAGGCUGUCACGAUACAACUGCGCAGCCGCGCCUCCGUCCUCCCCCUCAGCGUACAGCAUAGGGCGUCGUCAAGGCGAGGCUACGGGGGGGAGGGCAGCUACGUAG